AGCAUGCCGGGCAGCACUACAGAGAAGAUCCUGGAGUCAGGAGGACCCGCCCCCUUUAGGGUCACGGGGUUCCUGAGCCGCAGGCUGAAGGGCUCCAUCAAGCGCACUAAGAGUCAGCCCAAACUGGACCGCCACAGCAGCUUCAGACACAUCCUGCCCGCCUUCAAGACCGGCGAGACUGACCCUAGAUCCCAUCUGAUGCCGAGGUUGAAGGAGUCUCGCUCCCACGAGUCGUUACUGAGCCCCAGUAGUGCAGUCGAAGCUCUGGACCUCAGCAUGGAGGACGAGGUGCUCAUCAAACCUGUGCACAGCAGCAUCCUGGGACAGGACUACUGCUUUGAGGUGACCACGUCCACAGGAAGCAAGUGCUUCUCCUGCCGCUCCGCCGCAGAGAGGGACAAAUGGAUGGAGAACUUACGCCGCGCCGUGCAUCCCAACAAGGAUAACAGUCGUCGUGUGGAGAACCUGCUAAAAUUGUGGAUUAUUGAAGCGAAGGACCUCCCGGCUAAAAAAAAGUACUUCUGCGAGCUCUGUCUGGACGACACACUUUACGCGCGGACUACCUGCAAACUCAAAACAGACAAUGUCUUCUGGGGGGAGCACUUUGAGUUCAACAACCUGCCCGCGGUCAAGAGCAUCACGGUGCACCUGUACAAGGAGACGGACAAGAAGAAGAAGAAGGACAAGAACAACUACGUCGGCCUGGUCAACAUCCCCAUCGGCGCCGUCACGGGCCGGCAGUUCAUGGAGAAGUGGUACACCGUCAGCACCCCGAACCCCAACAAGGGCAAGGCGCCGGGCCCCAUGAUCCGCAUGAAGUCGCGCCACCAGAGCAUGUGCAUCCUGCCCAUGGAGCAGUACAAGGAGUUCGCCGAGUACAUCACCAACAACUACCUGCUGCUGUGCUCCGUGCUGGAGCCCGCCCUCAGCGUCAAGAACAAGGAGGAGAUGGCCUGCGCCCUCGUGCACAUCCUGCAGAGCACCGGCAAGGCCAAGGACUUCCUGACAGAUCUGAUGAUGUCAGAGGUGGACAGGUGCGGCGACAACGAACACCUGAUCUUCAGAGAGAACACACUGGCCACCAAAGCCAUCGAGGAGUACCUGAAACUAGUGGGCCAGAAGUACCUACAGGAUGCACUGGGUGAGUUCAUCAAGGCGCUGUAUGAGUCGGAUGAGAACUGUGAGGUGGACGCCUCCAAGUGUUCCAGCUCCGACCUGCCGGAACACCAGAGCAACCUCAAGAUGUGCUGUGAGCUGGCCUUCUGCAAGAUCAUCAACUCCUACUGCGUGUUUCCUCGUGAGCUGAAGGAGGUGUUUGCGUCGUGGCGUCAGGAGUGCGGUAACCGGGGGCGACCGGACAUCAGCGAGCGCCUGAUCAGCGCGUCACUCUUCCUACGCUUCCUGUGUCCGGCCGUGAUGUCACCGUCACUCUUCAACCUGACGCAGGAGUACCCCGACGACCGCACCGCACGCACCCUCACACUCAUCGCCAAGGUUACGCAGAACCUCGCCAACUUCACCAAGUUUGGCAGUAAGGAGGAGUACAUGUCCUUCAUGAACCAGUUCCUGGAGCACGAGUGGACCAACAUGCAGCGCUUCCUGCUGGAGAUCUCCAACCCUGAGACCAUCUCCAACACGGCCGGGUUCGAGGGCUACAUCGACCUGGGCCGAGAACUGUCCACCCUGCACGCGCUCCUAGCAGAGGCUGUGGCUCAGCUGGACCAGAGCACCGCCUCCAAGCUCGGCCCAUUGGCCAGGAUUCUGCGUGAUGUCAACGCAGCACUGGCCAAUCCCUGUGGAGCUCCUCUGGCAACGCCCACUGAGAGGGUGGGGUCACCCAGUCUGCCCUCCUGCAGCCUCUCCACCGGCCUCCAGAAACUAGCCAUGGACGGAGAGCUGACCGGGCUGGUGGACUUCACGCGGUUGCCGUCGCCGACGCCGGAGAACAAGGAGCUGUUCUUCGUGACGCGCGGCUCGGUGGUGGUGCCCUCCCUCUCUCCCGCCCGCAGCUCCAGCUACUCCAACGAGCCCCACGAGGCCGACGCCAGCGCCAUGACAACCGCCAUGCCAACCACCGGGGCACUGCCCAACGGCACACGCAGCCUCUCACUGCUCGACCUGCAGGAGGGAGGAGGGCACAGCCUGGACAGCGGUCCGAGUCUGGAGCUCCCGCCGGACGCUCAGUCCCCCACGGGCCUCUCUGGCGGCGGCGGCGGCGGCUGGGCUGGACGUUCCGGAGGUCCGACUCUUCGGCGGGCAGGACCAGGACCGCAGACCCCCACCACGCCGGGCGAGGGUGGCAGCGCGGUGCCAGGGGGGGGGGUGCGGGCGCAGAUGCUGGCGCCGCUGUCCUUCCAGAACCCCGUGUACCAGAUGGCGGCCGGGCUGCCGGUGUCUCCGCGCGGAGGCGGGCCGGACUCGGGCUCCGAGGGCCACAGCUCCGUCAGCUCCCACGGCAACAACGCCGACGACACGCCCAACGCCCCCAACAAGCACGGCUUCCUGCCGCCGGGGGGGGGAGGGGGGGCGGUCGCCGGGAGCAACGGGGGGGAGGAGUUUGGCGUGCGGCGCUCCGGAGAGUUCACCACGCGGCGGCAGCUGUCGCUCACGGAGACGCAGCAGCAGCAGGGAACGCCGGUACCGGGGAGCGUUCCACGCCAGAACAGCGCCGGACCCCAGCGCCGCAUCGACCAGCCGCCGCCCCUCACCCCUCCUCCCGUCUCUGUCCCCAGGGGGCGCACUCCGCCCAGCGUGCUCUCUAGCGCCCCCUACCCGCGGCCCUCCAGCGGCAGCAUGAUGUCCUCGUCAUCCCCAGACUGGCCUGCGGGGGGCAGCAGACUACGCCAGCAGUCGUCCUCCUCCAAAGGAGAGAACAGCCCCGAGAACAAGCAGCGCACUCUACACAAGCAGGCUCCGUCCCCAGUGAACCCUAACGCGCUGGACCGCACGGCUGCCUGGCUGCUGAACAUGAACGUGCAGUAUCUGGACCAGGAGGGGGCCGACGGAGACUUCAAGAGCAAAGACGAGCUCACACAGACAGAGAAGGAGAUAGGCCUGCUGCAGGAGCGUCUGCGUGCGUCUGCGCUGAAGUUGGAGGAGUACGAGCUGCGCUUGGCGUCUCAGGACGACCAGACGCACAAGAUGCUGCUGGAGUACCAGAACCGUCUGGAGGAGACCGAGGAGCGCCUGCGCAGACAACAGGACGACAAGGAGCUGCAGAUGAAGAGCAUCAUCACCAGGCUGAUGUCCGUUGAGGAGGAGCUGAAGAAAGAUCACUCUGACAUGCAGGCCAUCGUGGACUCCAAGCAAAAGAUCAUCGAGGCCCAGGAGAACAGAAUAGCGUCUCUGGACGCGGCUAACUCUCGGCUGAUGAGUGCGCUGACGCAGCUGAAGGAACGCUACAGCAUGCAGACCCGCAACGGCAUCAGCCCCACCAACCCCAGCAAGCUGCAGAUCACCGAGAACGGGGAGUUCAGGAACAGCUCCAACUGUUAGCACACACACACACACACACACACACACACACACACACACACACACACACACACCAACCCCAGCAAGCUGCAGAUCACCGAGAACGGCGAGUUCAGGAACAGCUCCAACUGUUAACCUACACACACACACACACACACACACACAC